CUUCUUUGGCUUUAAACUACCUCUCUUGUCAUGGCGGCGCGCGCCAAAACCUCGCUCCGGGCGUGGCUCUCCGACCCGUCGACUUACCCGAUCAUUGCGAUCGUGUCGUUUGCAGCGAGCAUGGCGACGUUCCACGGCGUCCGGUACAUUCGAACGAGCCCCGAUGUGUCGAUCAGCAAGGAGCGCCGGAGCGACCUCUUCCACCGCAACGACGAAGAGGGCAGUGCAUUCCGCGCCCAUCGUGUCAACCUCGCCCACCUCAAGUCCAACCGCAUCACGCAAGAAAAGGAUUUUGCGACCUUUCGCGAGCGCCAGUCGAGCGACAAAGCCAAUUGA